AUGAAUGAAUAAGAGAAACUUGUAUCACCGAUAACAAAGAAAAUCUCUGAAGAUGAUGUAAUUAAUGAGAAAGAAGUUCUUUAAUCUCUUUCUUAUAUUAAUUUUAAACUUCUUAAUGUAUACUAAUAUUGUUUAUUUUAGACAUUAAUACUAUAGAAUAAACAAGAAAAUAAUGUAAUAAUUCUAUUCAAAGCAUUGUUAACUAUUUUUUAAGAAUCUGAAAAUUGGAUUCCUAAAAAUAUAAAAGAUUGGUCAACUAUCUAAAGAACAAUUGGACACACAUCAAAAUUCAUCCAAAUGUUAUAAAAUUUUAAAAAAUAUUACAUAACAGAGUCUAAAAUAUUACAAACUUAAGUCUUAUUGCAAGAUGUUCAUAUUUAAAAAUUAUCUUAAAGAGCAAAUAAUUUAUUAAAAAUUGUUAAGUCGCUUCUCCAUUAUUAUAGCAACCCUUUCAAUCAAUCAUUACAUGAAGACUCUUAAUUAACUAAUAAAUUUUAUAAUGAACCUCCAUUAAGUCCCAUCAAAAGUACAAAUCUUAUAGAACAAGACUCAGAAAUAAUAAUAUAAGAAUUAAUAAAGAAAGAAAAAUUUUGUACAAUUCCAAAUGAGAAUAAAUAAUCAUGUCAAAUAAACAAGAUAAGAUCAAGAAGUCCUACUACAACAUCUUCAGGAAGUAAGAGUCGAACUAUUCAGUCAUGCUAACCACAUAGAUUGUCUAUUCCUGUUGGCAAUCCUCUUAGAUAAUAAAGUAGUUCCCAACAGAAAUCCACAUUCAAUAUCAAAUAAUAUAGCAAAACAAUAAAUAAUACAUAAUCUUUAAAGUCUAGUGGAAUUUAUUUUAGAGAAAGAUCAUAAACUAAUACCUAAAACAAAUUUGAUCAAAUUGACAAAUCCCCAUUGUAAUAAACUAAAUAAUAAUGCAUCAAAGAUUCACUGUUUACAAAAAAACCAACUUUAACAAAUAAUAAAUGA